AUGAUUCGAGCUGUUUACCUUUGGACUCUGCUGGCACUGCUGUCGGCCCAGACGCUGCUUUCUUGGGGCGCUGCGGACCAGUCCCGGCUGGCCGGACUCUAUGUCAAGGAUGGCAACGAGAAUGGGCAGCUGCGUUUUCUGGCCUCCGGCCUGAACAGCAAUACUAACGGUGUCAGCGGCAGCAACGGCCUAAACGCGGCACUCAAUAGCUACAUAACCAACAAGCAGGACAUGCUCGAACAGUUGCGUCCAACCAGCACAAAUGCUGGCUCCGGCUUGGGUGUGACAGGCACGGGCACGGGCACCGGGACUGGCCUGGGCCUGGGCACUUUAACAGGCACUUUAACAGGCACGGGUACAGGCACGGGUACAGGCACCAGCAAUACCGCUGCCAACAAUGCCAUCUAUGUGAGUCUGGGCAAUGGCAAUGCAUCGCCCACGGGCAGCAACACCCAAGCAGCCCUCAAUCAGGCGAUCUAUGGCUCCACGCCCGUCAACAAUUUGCUGCCACAGAUCGUUGGCCAGGCGAUCGCACAGCGCACCCGUCCCGCCGACAACAGCAAUCGGCGACGCGUCGUUCAGCAACGGCGACGACGCGUCAACAAAAAGACAAACGGCAGACGCCGCCGUCGCAAGGGCAACAAGAACGGCAAGAAGCGGCCCCAGGUGGUGGUUGUGCGACCCAAUCGCGGCUGA